UGGUAGGGAGGGAGAUCGGGAGCGCUGAAGAUAGGAUUCGAACCUUUGAGCAAAAAAGGGGGAAAACGCAAAGCAAGUGUUACACCUGUUUGGAUCCCACGCAUACGAAUUUGCUCUGAAGUGCUGCUCUGGAGUGGAACUGUCAGGUCCUAGAGUUCUGCAGGUUACUGUAAGUCGUCAAAGCAGGAGCAGUUUCCUCCUCACCACAAUGACCUCCGGCAGAAGACUGUAGUAUCUGACUCUCCCACCAGAGUGUGUGUGAAGAAGGGAGGGUCUCCCGACCUAAUCCUCCUAAGUGGAGAACUCGUAGGGGACAGUGUGGGAAUCAUGUGACAGAUACUUUCUCCUGUGACUGGUGGACACAUUGCUCUAUUCUGUUUUGUUGCUGUUUGUAUCUUAUUCUGUGGUGAAGAUGGUCCUGUACACAUCUGCCUUCUCCAAUGACUUCCUCCACCUGCUGAAUAGCCUGUCAUGGGUGUUCAUCUUCCCCUGCUACUGGCUGCUGGACCGCCUCCUGGCCUCCUUCGUGGCCACCACCAAGGAGAAGCGGCAGCACUCUCAGGACCCCUGCUCCUCCCGGGCUCUGUGCGCACUGGUGUCCGCGCCGCUCUACCUCGCGCUGAUCCUGGCCUCCUUGCCCUUCGCCCUGCUGGGCUUCUUGCUGUGGGCGCCGUUGCAGGCCGCGCGCCGGCCCUACGUGUACAGCCAGCGGCGCGUGGCGCUGCAGCACGCCGAGCAGGGCAGCAACCCGGGUGAGCCGCCGGCGAGGUGGCGGCCUCAGGGGCGGAGCUUCUGCUUCUGCAGCGCCAACGUCUGCCUGCUGCCGGACUCGCUGGCGCGCUUCAACAACCUGUCGGACACGCAGGGCCGCGCCCGGGAGGUGGGCACGCGCAUCCGCAACGGGGCCAGCCGGCCGCAGAUCAAGAUCUUCGUCGACUCGCCCACCAACACCUCCGUCAGCGCCGCCUCCUUCAGCAGCCUGGCCCAACAAGGGGCAGGCCCCUGCAAGACCCAGUCCGCCGAGCGCCGGCUCGACAGCAACGGGAGGCUGGAGCAGCAGGAGGGCGGGAGGGUGGAGCAGCAGGAGGGCGGGAGGGUGGAGCAGCAGAGAGAGGAAUGCGCACCUCAGACAGGGCCACACACACCUCCUGAUUGCCCCCUACACAGCUCAGGACACCAAACCCUCCCUGAUUGCCCCCUACACCCCACAGGGCAACACACUCUCCCUGACUGUCCCUUACACCCCACAGGGCAACCCAGCCUCCCUGAUUGCCCUCUACACACCUCAGGAUAUCACACCCUACCUGACUGUCCCCUUCAUCCUACAGGGCCACCCACCAUCCCUGACUGUCCCCUACACACCUCAGGGCAAAUAACCCCUCUUGACUGCCCCCUUCACCCAGCAGGGCAACACACCCACCCUGAUUGCCCCCUACAUGCCUCAGAGCAACAGACUGUUCACGUCUGUCCCUUACACCCGUCAGGGCAACAGACCUUCCCAGAUUGCCCCAUACACUCUACAGGGCAACACACUGUCCCCGACUGCCCACUACACACCUCAGGGCAACACACCCUCCUCGAUUGCCCUAUACACCCCUCAGGGCAACAGACCCUCCCUGAUUGCCCACUGCAUGCCUCAGGGCAACAGACUGUCCAUGACUGUCCCGUACAUCCCUCAGGGCAACAGAAUGUCAUUGAUUGCCCCCUACACUCCCCAGAGCAACAUACCCUCCCUGAUUGCCCCCUACAUGCCACAGAGCAACAUACCCUCCCUGAUUGCCCCCUACAUGCCACAGAGCAACAUACCCUCCCUGAUUGCCCCCUACAUCCCACAGAGGAACAAACCCUACCUGAUUGUCCCCUACAUUCCACAGGGUACCAUGCCCUCCCCGACUGCCCAGUACACCCCAUAGGACAGCACACCCUCCCUGACUGUCCUGUGCACCCAUCCGAGGUCCAGAUUAGCAUCAGUGCCUCAGAGCCUGUCCCCGAGGCGACAUCCCCGGUUUAUCCUCCGACAGGGGACGCGGGCAGCCCGGACAGCUACAUCGGGUCCUGCGAGUCCUUGCCACGCUGCCACGCAGGCGCCAGAAGCAUGUCCAACAGCGCCCCCUCUCGCUGCGCCAGGAAGCCCGCCGGACACAAAUGCCACUACGGCGAGGACGGCUUCGACCACGAGAUCUCCGCCUUUUUCCCCGCCAACCUGGACUUCCUGUGCUUGCAGGAGGUCUUUGACAGGCGGGCAGCGUUCAAGCUGAGGCAGCAGCUGCACCACUACUUCCCCUUUAUGCUGAGCGACGUCGGGCGCUACGCCUGGAAGGGGUGCUGCUCCCAGUUCAAGUUUCUCAACAGUGGCCUGCUGCUAGCUAGUCGCUACCCCAUCCUGGAUGCAGAAUACCAGUGUUACCCCAACGGGCAUGCCGAAGAUGCCCUGGCUGCAAAGGGGGCACUCUUUGUGAAGGUACAGGUGGGAACAGCUUCCCAGGACCAGAGGAUUGUGGGAUACAUCACCUGCACUCACCUGCAUGCCAUUGAAGGUGAUGCACCGAUCCGUUGCAAGCAGCUAGACCUGCUCCUGGAGUGGGGGGCGCAGUUCCGAAAAGCAACCUCACGCCCCGCCGGGACCAAAGGCCAGAAGGAUCAGAUUGCUUUCGAUGUCGUUCUGGGGGACCUGAACUUUGACAACUGCUCCUCAGAUGAUAAGUUGGAGCAGCAACAUACCCUCUUCUCUCACUAUAAAGAUCCAUGCCGCCUGGGACCUGGGGAGGACCAGCCCUGGGCUCUAGGUACACUGCUGGACACCAGUGGACUCUACGAUGAAGAGGUCACCUCACCCGAGGGUCUGCAGAAGGUGAUGGAGAAUGAGGAGGGAAGAAAGGAAUACUUGGUGUACCCCACCAGUAAGAAGCAAUGCUCCAAUCAAAAGGGUCGGAAGAUACCGCUUAAAGGAAAUGGGAGGAGGAUUGACUAUAUCCUGUACGGUGAGGAGCAGCUGCAACAGGACUGGAAAGCGGAUGUAGAGGAGUACAGCUUCAUCACACAGCUGGCAGGACUUACUGACCACCUGGCUGUUGCCAUGCGGCUCGCGGUCUCCACCGGGGAGGAGGAGUAGCGGACCCUAGCCACGCCCCCACAUUUCCACAAAGACAAAGAGAGAGAUGUGCUUGCGGGGGAACAGACAGGGGGAAGGAUGGAGCAAAAGAGGGAAAAGUUCCCAACCAGAACACUCUGCUGCACUACUUCCAGCAACGAAACUUCGCAUGCCAUCUCUUUUUUUUCCUUGACAGCCCUCCCUUUUUUCCUAAGAACUUUUACAUUUUUUUUACACCCUUUGUUUGUUGGUUCUGUUGGGAUCGGCAGGACUUGGUGUUUUGUUUUCGCCGCCGCGGUGAGGGAGGUGGGAUUGAACAGGACAGAAGGGUGCGUGUCAGGAGAACUCCCAGAAUUCCUGGCGUUUCCACCCUCAGUAUGUGUGUAUCAGUGACCCGCCCUGCUCUCACACCUGAGCCACUCAUCCCUAUUCACCAGUGCUGACACAAAUGUCAUUUCAUCUGAAUUCUUAUGAAAAGUUUCUACUCUUGC